AAAAGAUACUAACCAGAAUUAUAUCUGAGCUUGGAAAAGAUAUACUCAUUCAUGACAUCUUGGAUGAUAAAGCAUUGCAUUCUAUUAUUUCCAUCCAUUUGAAAAUCCCUGAAGAGGUAUUACAAUGGGAUUUAGAUGCCCGAAAUCGGUACUUGAAAUACUGGAAAAAAGGAAAAACACCCAUUCAUAGAGCACGGACUAUGAUAGUUGGUUGUGCGGGUGCCGGAAAAACAACACUGUUAGCAAGACUGCAAAAGAAAUCAAUGGAAGAGAUACAAAACAUCGAGUCUACUGUGGGACUAAAUGUGCACAAUGAUAUUUUUGAAGUACUGGAAAAAGAAGGAAAGCUAGAAGUUGCUAUGCAUAAAUGCGAUCCUGCAAUCCAUAUAAAAGAAAAUGUUCCAAUUGAUGAUGCAGAAAAGAUAGAGGAGAAAAAACUUUUAAGUAUCUUGGAUUUUGGAGGACAGUGUAUGUAUUACGCCUGUCAUCAAAUCUACCUCAGCAAACGAGCGUUCUACAUUCUGGUAGUUGACAUGUCUAAAAAGCUGGAAGAUGUCAUAGAUGAAGAGCUGUGCGAUCAGAAGGAUACAAUGUUCUCAAAAUGGAGUCAUAGGGAUUAUCUCCUGUUUUGGUUGAAAUCUGUAAACUGUUACUGUGGAAGUGCGGCCCCUGUUAUUCUUGUAGCUACACACGCAGAGGGAAAAUCGGAACAGGUAUAUAUAUAUCCGUUUCUAAAGAAAAAAGAGACAAAGCUUCAGGAACUUGACAAAUUAAAGGAAUCAUUUGAUAAAUUGCUUCCUUUAAGCAGACGGGAAUUCAAAGACUUAUUACGCUUUUAUCACGAUAUUGGUGUGAUUUUAUAUUUUCCAUCUGAAGAACCAAUGCGAAAUGAAGACAGUCACUUUCAUUUUUGUCCUGAAAUAGUUAUCCUGGAUAUUCAGUGGUUUGUAAAUUCAUUUAAAUAUGUUAUGACUGAUUCAAAACAAGACAGUUUCAACAAAGUAGUAGAUGCAGCUCCAACUACAGAGGCGCUAGAUACAUUUACAACUACGGGAGAAAUAUCCGGGGCAUUCUUAAAAGCAAUCUGGACAGCUACAAAAAACCAAACAGCAGUUGAAUACAAGGAUGAAAUGUUGAAUUACAUGGAAAGACUGGGUCUCAUGGCGAUAGAAGAAAAGUCUGAUAUUUGUUUUAUACCAAGCAUGAAUAGAAUGACAGUUCAAGAGCACGUAAAAUCAAAGAUUAAUUCACAUCCAAACAAAUCACCGACUCUGUAUUUUGAAUUCCCUGUUCUGCCUGUCUUUCUCUUCUACAGACUGAUUGUGCUUUGUUUGAAAAAAGGAUGGGAACCAUUAAUGGACGGAAGAAAAUGUAUCUUUAUUGACACUGCUAUGUUUUAUUAUAAAGAAUAUGUUCUAGUUCUAGGUGUAAGUGAGAGUUACAUACAGCUGAUGUUGUAUAAUGAUAAUCAUACUCGAGACGGAUCAAUACAGACGGCCUUGAGAAACAUUACGGAGAUGCGCAUGCUGUAUUCUCUACAACAGGCAUUUGAUUAUCAGAUGCAAGAAAUAUCAAUGAAUAUGGCCUUUAUUAACGUUAAAAGAGAAGUAAUGGAGAUGUUGUCAUCUCUUACAAAAACAUUUAACAUCGACCUUCAUUAUAAAGUUGGACUUAGCUGUACACCUACAGAGUUUGGUAAAGAGUUAGACAACACUUUUAUUACAGAAGAUAAUUUGUUCAAAUACAACGGGAGAAAAUGUCCCCUCCACGCCUAUGCAAAAGACCAUGAUGUUGAAGACUUGCGCAGAUUCCUG